AUGAGUAAAGCUACGGGGCGUGCGAAACUGUUCGAAAAAUAUGACGAACAUAUCGAGAAAGACCAUGACCCGGAAACCGAGCACAUCGUAGCAAGUGGUAGCGACGAAGGCAGCGACAACGAAAAUGCUGGCACCGAGCACUAUGUCGACGUUUCAAAGAGCAAUCUGCGCCAAAAAGGAGAAAACUCCCUCGGACCACAAUAUCGCGGUUCGAAAGUUAGUCGCAUCGCACUAGAGCAGGAGAGCUCAGGCGAGGACAGCAACGACCAAGACGAGUACGAAGAGGCCGACGAGGAGGAGUACGACGAUCCAGAAACCGCGAAUCUCGAUGUCGACACUCUAGAAGCCGGCGAUUCAGAAAUUGGUAGCGAUGAUGCGCUUGGCGAAUCAGACAACGAGAAGCUCAGCGGUUUUGUCUUUCGCGGUAGCUCCAAACCGAAACAGCCCAAGAGUAAGCGCGCCGCCGCGGCAGACUACAUGUCAGACUCCAGUGCGAAAGACGAACAAGACGAGGGGGACGAUAAUGAACUUGACGAUGAUGAGGACGAUGACGAAGAGGAAGACGACAUGAGCGACGGCUUGGAGGCGCUAAUUGAUGGCGAAGCCGAGGAAAGCGGCGAAGAGGAAGAAGACGAGGACGAAGACGGCGAUGAGGACGAAGACGAAGACGAAGACGGCGAUGAGGAUGAAGACGAGGACGAAGAGGAAGACGUUGACGAGGGCGAAAAGUCUUCGAAAGCCAAACCAGCCAUGAACGGGCGAACACCAAGCGCCGACAUCGAAAAGGGCGCAGCGAUUCAAAAACAACGAAAACUCUACGACGGCUUACUGAAUUUACGUAUUCGCUUACAAAAGGCCCUCAUUGCGGCCAACACGUUCAGCGCGCUCGAGGAAGAGCACGACGCAGACGACGCGAUUACGAAAUCUUAUGCUACAGCCGAAGCUACGGCCAUAAGCCUGCUCAGUUCCAUUAGCCACCUACGAGAAAAUUGUGGCGCGCCGGCAGCCGCGGGCACCAAGAGAAAGCGCGACUACGAGGUAUCAGCAACGAGCGCCGAGAUCUGGGAACAAUUGCAAGAGGAGGACCGCCGCGCCGUAAAAAUUCGCGAAAAGUGCCUGGAAAAGUGGUCGCGCAAGGUGCAGAGCGUUAACGUCGCGGCGCCCAAGGGCCUCAGCUCGCGAAACACGACACUCGUCGGCUCACUUCACGACCAGCUCAACAACCCCGAGAACCGGCUGGCGAAGCGCACCCGCGUGCCGCGGUCAUGCGCCCCGGCGCAGCAUGCCAAAAAGAUUAACGAGGAUGAGACCAUCUUUGACGACGCCGACUUUUACCAGUUGCUGCUCAAGGAGCUCGUAGAGCAGCGCACCGUGGACUCAUCCCACCAGACCAGCGCGGUGCCGUCGGUCGUGCUGACGGCGUCGCGCGAGAACAAGACGCGCAAGGUCGUCGACCGGAAGGCUAGCAAGGGCCGCAAGAUGCGCUUCACCGUCCACGAGAAGGUGCAGAACUUCAUGGCGUCCGAGGAUCGGCGGCAGUGGGAACAGGCCGCCAUUGACCGGUUCUUCAGCACACUAUUUGGUCGCAAGCUGGAGCUCAAUGAGGACGAAGCGGACGAGGACGAGGAUAUGGAUGAUGUCGCAGAUGCCGGAUUUAAGUUGUUUGCUUAA